AAGAGGACGGAGAGUGGACUAUCAGCCCUCUAUGCCAAGAGGUUACGUGCAGCACACAAGGAGUCCCACAUGUGUCUUCAUGGGACAGUCGUUGGCAGCAACAUUCAAAUGGGAGAGACGGAACGUUACUGGUGUGAGACAGGCUACAGGAAGAAAGAUGGCGCCAGCAGGGCCACAUGCACCCGAGAUGGAUGGCACCCAAAUCCACUUUGUGAAGGGAUAAUAUGUACAGCACCCGAGAUUGAAAAUGGUGAUGUGCUUGGACAAAUCCAAGAGUACAUAGAAAAUCAAGUCCUGGAGUUUCAGUGUAAACCCUCAUUUAGACGCGCUGAAGCCAGAUCUUCAAAAUGCACAGAGCGAGGAGUAAGAGCAGAAUGGAGCCCCACACCUCUGUGUGAACCAAUAACAUGUAAACUACAACUGCCAGGGCUGAAAGGAACCAGCUAUGAACCUGCUUCUAGAAACACGUUUCUACCUGGUGACCAAGUGACAGUAACUUGUGAAGACAAGUACUGGAUUUUUGGGUAUCAACCGACCUCAGUCGUAACUACAUGCAAAGAGGACGGAGAGUGGACUAUCAGACCUCUAUGCCAAGAGGUUACGUGCAGCACACAAGGAGUCCCACAUGUGUCUUCAUGGGACAGUCGUUGGCAGCAAACAUUCAAAUUGGGAGAGGCGGAACGUUACUGGUGUGAGACAGGCUACAGGAGGAAAGAUGGCGCCAGCAGGGCCACAUGCACCCGAGAUGGAUGGCACCCAAAUCCACUUUGUGAAGGGAUAAUAUGUACAGCACCCGAGAUUGAAAAUGGUGAUGUGCUUGGACAAAUCCAAGAGUACAUAGAAAAUCAAGUCCUGGAGUUUCAGUGUAAACCCUCAUUUAGACGCGCUGAAGCCAGAUCUUCAAAAUGCACAGAGCGAGGAGUAAGAGCAGAAUGGAGCCCCACACCUCUGUGUGAACCAAUAACAUGUAAACUACAACUGCCAGGGCUGAAAGGAACCAGCUAUGAACCUGCUUCUAGAAACACGUUUCUACCUGGUGACCAAGUGACAGUAACUUGUGAAGACAAGUACUGGAUUUUUGGGUAUCAACCGACCUCAGUCGUAACUACAUGCAAAGAGGACGGAGAGUGGACUAUCAGCCCUCUAUGCCAAGAGGUUACGUGCAGCACACAAGGAGUCCCACAUGUGUCUUCAUGGGACAGUCGUUGGCAGCAAACAUUCAAAUUGGGAGAGGCGGAACGUUACUGGUGUGAGACAGGCUACAGGAGGAAAGAUGGCGCCAGCAGGGCCACAUGCACCCGAUAUGGAUGGCACCCAAAUCCACUUUGUGAAGGGAUAAUAUGUACAGCACCCGAGAUUGAAAAUGGUGAUGUCCUUGGACAAAUCCAAGAGUACAUAGAAAAUCAAGUCCUGGAGUUUCAGUGUAAACCCUCAUUUAGACGCGCUGAAGCCAGAUCUUCAAAAUGCACAGAGCAAGGAGUAAGAGCAGAAUGGAGCCCCACACCUCUGUGUGAACCAAUAACAUGUAAACUACAACUGCCAGGGCUGAAAGGAACCAGCUAUGAACCUGCUUAUAGAAACACGUUUCUACCUGGUGACCAAGUGACAGUAACUUGUGAAGAGAAGUACUGGAUUUUUGGGUAUCAACCGACCUCAGUCGUAACUACAUGCAAAGAGGACGGAGAGUGGACUAUCAGACCUGUAUGCCAAGAGGUUACGUGCAGCACACAAGGAGUCCCACAUGUGUCUUCAUGGGACAAUCGUCGGCAGAAAAUAUUCAAAUCGGGUGAGACGACACGUUACGGGUGUGAGACAGGCUACAGGAGGAAAGAUGGCGCCAGCAGUGCCACAUGCACCCAAGAUGGAUGGCACCCAAAUCCACUUUGUGAAGAAGUUCUAGGUUGUGGCACAGCACCAAUCAUUGCCGAUGGAGACCUCAAGUACACCAGGAAAAGUAAUAACAGCCAUAAUGAUAUGGUUGAAUACAUGUGCCAGGCAUACUACACCAUGGAGGGAGAGCCUUACAAAACCUGCGUCAAUGGUGUAUGGACUGGACACACGAGAUGCAUCCAACCCUGUACCGUGAAUGAAGACGACAAUAGACAACAUAAUAUUACCGUUAAAUAUAAUGGCAGUACAUAUUUCACUCAUGAUGAAAUAAUUGAGUUUAGGUGUGCCAGAGGAAUACCUGUUGGUUCAGUAUCAUUACUUCAGAGGUGUAAUAGUGGUGUUAUUGUCUUGCCUACUUGCCAAGAGUUUUAGUCAACAGUAGAUCAAAGUAAAAAACUGAUUAUGCAGAGUUAUGAACUGAUUCCGUCUCCUCUUUGAUGUUGUCAACUGUAUAAAUGUUAAUAAAGCAUACAUGACACA